AUGGAAGGCAAAGGUGGAGGCGUGAGCAUCAGCGGGGGCGCUAGCGAGAGCGGAGAAGGGGGAGAUAUCUUUCUCGCCAGCGGGUCGAGCGAGGGCAUCGCUUCCGGGCAAGUGGAAGUUGGCUCAGGGGUCGGCCAGGGCACCGCUUCUAGCGGCGGCGUCUCCGUUUCGUCUGGUGAGUCUCUGUCAAACAGCACUGGGUCCCUCGUCCUCGGAACCGGUGCGGCCACGAACGGCGAGGCCGGCUUCAUCAGCAUCACCGUCGGGGCCACGGGCAUCGGUCAAGGUUCCGAUGUCUCCGUUACGGCGGGCGAAACGACCGACACAAGCUCCAACGGGGGAAGCGUGCGCAUCAACUCUGGAUACGCGUUCAACGGCUCUAGCGGCGGCUUGUACCUACAGACGGCCAACAGCGGCACCGCGGGUUCUAGCGGGAACCUACUUUUGAGGACGGGUGCCGCGAGCGCCGCGGACUCAGGCUCGAUCUCGCUGAUCACGAACUCAGCCGUCGGCGGCAAGGGCGGACAGAUCAACCUCGCGGUCGGCAGUGGUGACAGCGGGGAGGGUGGUUCCGUGUACAUCACCGCAGGUAACACUGCCGCGCCUUCAUCUGCCGGAGGAGGCGUGCUGAUUACGGCUGGUGCGGGGACGGACACAACGUCCUACGCCGGCGGCUUAGGUGGUCCCGUAACAAUCACGGGUGGCGAAGCGUUCGGCCAGGGACUUUCUGACGUGGGCGGGAUGGUGACUGCUACGGGUGGCUACGCUGCGGCGAGCACCGGCGGUGCCCUGCUCCUUUCCACGGGUGUCGGCAGGCUUACUUCGAGCGGCGCGGCGACAUUGACCACCGCAAACGCCGGGGCCUUGGGUGUUAGCGGAAUGGUGAAGCUUCUCACCGGAACGUCCUCAGCCGGGAACACAGGCGAGAUCCUGAUCCAAUCAGGUUACGCUACGGGCGGCGGUGGAGGAGACAUUCGCAUGUCCGUCGGAAGUGGCGAUUCGGGAGUGGGAGGGUGGGUGGUCAUCGACGCAGGUACGAGCAGCCAUCAGACUGGUGGAGGGGUAUCGAUUUCCGGUGGCUCGGGAACGACAAGCUCUAGCGGCGAUAUCCUGAUUCGAACCAUGAAUGCGGGCCCAAAGGGCGUGUCUGGGUCGAUCGUCCUGAGCACGGGACAGGCCACCGACGGAAGUGCCGGAGAUAUCGAGUUUCAGACAGGAUCCUCCACGGAUGGAGAUGCGGGUGACAUUGUCUUCAGCAUCGGCGGUGCCGACCUGGUCGGCUCCGGUGGCGAUAUUGAGUUUAUGGCGGGAAACACGAGCGCCGUGGACGGUGUUGGCGGAGCUGUAUUGCUCGGUGCGGGCGACGGGACCAACGCAGAAAGCGGUGCUGGCGGCACUGUUUCAAUUUCUGGUGGCGGUGCUUCAGGAACGGAAGCCGGCGGCGGCGCCGGAGACGGCGGGGCCAUUGUCCUUGCCGGCGGAUCCGGUAUCGACGGUGCUGGCGGGGCGGUUUCUCUGGUGGGCGGUACGAGCUCAACGGGUACGGGAGGCACAAUCGAGCUUCGUAGCGGCGCAAGUGACGUGUCUGCCAGCGGAGCCGUGUACGUGUCUACCACAAACGCAGUUGGUUCUGCGUCGAGCGGCUCCAUCGCCAUCUCCACUGGGACUUCCAGCAACGGCGACUCUGGCACGGUGCUGCUUGGCUCUGGAGAGGCGGUAGAUGGGGCCGGAGGCGCUGUUGGGGUUUUCGUCGGUGCGGGUGGCACUGGCGACGGUGGAGAUCUUUUCCUGUACGCUGGUGACACUUCGGCUGUCGGAGCGCGAGGAGGCACCGUGUUCGUUACCGCUGGCGAGGGCUCCAGCGUCGACGAAGGAGACGGGGGUGACGGGGGCCACGUCAUUGUGCAGGGUGGAAGCUCGAGAGGAACGUCAGUGCUGGACCGCGGCGGGACCGUAGAGAUUGUGGGCGGUGAUUCUGUGGCUGGCCGGGGCGGAGGGAUCAGCGUCCAAUCUGGCACAAGCGUCGACGGGUCCAGCGGUCCCAUUGCUCUCACGACAUCUCCAUCAGGAUCUGACGGUGCAAGCGGUGACGUUUCCGUGUCCACCGGUGAGUCCUCUGCAGCCACAUCAGGAUCUAUCUUUGUCAACACGGGUGCAGCCACCGCUGGAAGCGGAGGGUCAAUUUAUUUGUCCGUCGGCGAAGGUGAUUACGAGGACGGCGGAAGCGUUCAAAUUUCCGCGGGCAUGACAAGCGCCGUUGGCGGAACGGGUGGGCGUGUAUCUAUCGAAGGCGGGCAAGGAUCGAGUCCCCAUCAGACUGAUGGCGGCAACGGCGGAGAAGUUAGCAUUAUAGGUGGCGCCGCUAAAGGUCAAGCAGGUAGCGACGACGGUGGCCGUGUAACUCUGGACGGUGGCAGGUCCUUCGCCGGCAGCGGUGGUGACGUGUUGAUCAAAUCUGGUUUGAGCACGCUGAGAUCCAGCGGAUCCAUCGCGGUGGACACUGGGGACGCCGGCGCACAGGGAUCUAGCGGUGAUGUGUCUAUCCGGACUGGUACCACGAGCUACGGCUCGAGCGGCAGCGUUUCCCUUUCGACAGGGGAUGCCCAGAUUGGAGGUGGAGGACACAUUGCGAUCCGCGUGGGCGACGGUGACUCGGGAGCUGGCGGAGGCAUCGAGCUAACGGCGGGCACCACAAUCGACAAGGCUUCCGGCGGAAAUGUCCUUAUCGCGGGCGGGUACAGCAGUCAUACGUCGAGCGGAACAAUCAUGCUACGCACUAUGAACGCAGGGGGUGCUGGAACUAGUGGGGGGCUUCUGCUCUUCACGGGAACCUCCAGCCGCGGCGGGAGUGGGACUGUUCAACUAGUCACAGGGACUGCCGAAGACGGGCCUGGUGGCGAUAUUCUCGCCGCUGUGGGAUCUGGACACACCGGAGACGGGGGUGACGUCAUCCUGGCAGCUGGAGAAACAAGCGCGCUGGAAGCGGCAGGUGGCGACGUUCUCAUUGUUGCCGGGGAAGGAAGCAGCCGGGACCGUUACAACGGCGGCGACGGUGGAAGCGUUCAGAUUUUCGGCGGAGCGGGUCAAGGAGGCGCCUUGGGAGACGACGGCGGGAACAUUGAGCUCUCCGGUGGAUUCUCACGCCGAGGCAAGGGCGGGGAGAUAAAAAUCCGGACCGGUUACGGCGAGCACAGCUCAAGUGGGCCCAUGCGCUUAUCAACUGCGAAUGCCGGCGAAUCUGGAACGAGCGGUGGCAUGUUUAUUCACAGCGGCACAUCAAGUCAAGGCAACUCUGGGGCGAUCCGCUUUGAAACCGGCCAAGCCGUUCACGGUCGUGGCGGCAACUUCGAGGUAAGCGUCGGGCCCGGCGACUCCGGCGACGGGGGCGACAUCACCCUUGUCGCCGGAGAUACGCACGGGGACAGCGGUGGUGACAUUUCAAUUCGCACUGGACACUCAUACGGAUCGACCAGUGGAGAUCUGAUUCUGCAAACCGUCAACGCCGGACAGCACGGGAACAGUGGGCGAGCAGUUCUUUCUACCGGUCACAGUCCCGACGGCGGUUCGGGUGCGCUUGUUCUUAACACAGGGGACGCUGGUGGUGGUCCUGGUGGCAACAUCGAAUUAUUUGUGGGGACUGGUGCGGAACAAAACGGCGGGGCUGUGAUGUUGCGGGCUGGAGAUUCCACGGCGAAAGGAAGGCGUGGGGGUGACAUUCUGAUGGCGGCGGGGGAUGGGCUCAGCACAGCGAAAGGGAACAGCCACGGCAGUGGUGGAGAUGGCGGGUCCGUUUUUAUUGAUGCAGGGCGAGCGGGUGGAUUGGACGCAAAAAACGAUCCGGGUGGGAGUAUCGAACUCAUUGCAGGUCCCGCAGCUGCCGCCACUGGUGGCUCCCUCCUCUUGCAGUCGGGUUCUGGCGAAGCGUCAUCUAGCGGGCAAAUCGUCAUCCUCACACCCGAUUCUGGGCCAACCGGAGUGAGUGGAGACGUCAUGUUGUCCACGGGAUCAUCAGCCUCCGGUGACGCUGGAUCUCUACUUUUGGGCACUGGCGCAGCGGUGGCGGGGGCCGGGGGAGCCGUGACAGUUGCUGCAGGAACUGGAUCGGGCCCCAAAGGAGGUGCCGUGAACAUCACUGCAGGCGAGUCCAGCGCUCGGCUAGGAGUCGGCGGUGCGCUGUCACUAGCAGCUGGUGCCGGCACGAAUCGACAUGGUGCGGGCGGCGGACGAGGAGGUAGCGUCGAUAUCGAAGGCGGUGAAGCUAGCGGUGGAAAACCGACGGAUACAGGAGGAACGGUGAGUUUGUUAGGAGGAUCCGCCGCGAAAGGUACUGGAGGGUCCAUCGUUAUUGCUACCGGCGCAAGCAAAGACGCGACGAGCGGAUCGGUGCGGGUUGUCACCGCAAGCGCAGGCCGCUCUGGCUCCAGCGGGUCCAUUGCAGUAUCCACCGGGAAUUCCACUCGUGGUGAGUCAGGAGAGCUGACUCUAGCAACCGGGCGCUCGAGUGCAGGCGCGGGAGGCGGCAUAGCCCUUGCCGUUGGACCUGGCACUGCAAGAAACGGUGGCGACGUGAACAUUUCCGCAGGGGCAACCGAGUCUAUGUCGGGCCAUACAGGAGGCGCAGUUAGGAUUCAGUCUGGCCAAAGCUGGCACGGGUCCAGUGGUGGCGUGGGUGUUCACACCCCAAACGCUGGGAAAAACGGAAAAAGUGGCAACGUCCGUCUAUCCACGGGAGGUUCGCUGUCUGGACCCGCCGGGUCAGUCCUUUUUUUAACUGGAAACGCUUCCACCAGCGGUGAUAUCGUUGCACGGGUUGGUAUUGCAGGGGCUUCGGAUGGCGGCCAGGUCAGGAUCACGGCUGGUGAUACCGAAGGUUCUGCCAAAGCGGGUGGCGCGCUACGACUGCAAGCGGGUCAAGCAUCUCAUGGAGAGGGAGGGGACGUAUUGAUAUCGGCUGGGACAGGAACAGGAGACGAGCGACACGGUAUCGAUGGGGCCGGUGGUUCGGUCAGAAUCAACGCCGGGCGAGGCACGGUCGGUCCUGGCGGCGGAGUUGAGAUUUUCGGCGGGUCUUCUGACGAUGACCAGUCGCGUGGUCGUCGCAAGGAUGGCACUAGCGCAAGUGAAGCGGGCGGAGACGUUACUCUCAAGGCGGGAUCGGGCAGUAAAGGUGCAGGAGGGAAGCUAGUAGUUCGCCCCGGAGCAGGGGGAGUUACCAACGGGACGGUCAACAUUCAGGCAUCGACAGGAGUGGGACGCAUCGUCACUUCUGAUGACAGCGUCUCUCUGUCCAGUGGUAUCGACGGCGGGAUCUAUCUGGCGGUACCCGCGGGUGACAACGCCACGAACAACGUUAUUGGAUUCAGCAUUGACAACCCCAUGGACGACAAUGUCGAGUACGACUUCCGGUUGCAACAAUUCGAAGGCGGAGAAUCGCGCGUGGUGUCCAGCGUCCCACUCCAGGUCACGACCAUCGAGUACUCGUCUGACGAGCGGAUAAAGGAAAGCAUCGUUGACGUCGAUGUUGACGACGUUCUCCAGCGUUUUAUGGAAGUGGAGAUGGUGGAGUACGCCUACACGGAAGAGUGGCGCCAAGCUCGAAACUUGGGAGAAAACGCUCGCGUCCGAGGCGUGAUCGCUCAGCAGCUGGCCGAGGUCUUUCCGGAGCAUGUGGAGGUCAUACCCGAGUUCGAGCUGCCCGACAAGGACUUUGCGAUCAGCGAUUUCCUCCAGGUGGACAAGGUCUCGCUUACGCUUGAUCUCAUAUCCGCCAUACAGUCUCAGCACAAGCACUAUAGCUUUGGACCAAACACCGGCGACAAGAGUGGCGACAUCACAGUCGCCACCGAAGCUGGCGGAUCAUAUGCGAAUGCUGACCCUACCGGUGCCAGCGGUUCGGUUCUUAUCUCUACCGGUACGGCCUCAUUGGGUGACAGUGGAUCGAUCACCCUUGCCACCGGACCAGCAGCAGAAGGGGGCCAGUCUGGAAAUGUCAGUAUCCAAGUAGGUCGCACCCUUGAAGACGGCCCCCAAGUCCAGAUGACGGAGUUGGGCGUCCGCGUUUCCGCCGGGCAGCAGAUCGAUCCUUUACAGCCCGGACGUGCGGUCGAGAUAUCUGCAGGGUCAACGACACCUUUCGAUGCAGGACCUUCUGGAGACGGUGGAGCGCUAAUGUUGCUUUCGGGUAACAGUACUGGAGAUGGUGGUACGGGAGGAAGCAUCGUGGUGAGGCCCGGGAGAGGCGGACUGCUGAACGGUACCGUUGAGAUACAGUCGUCAACGGGAACCCAGCGUAUCGUGACUACGGAAAACGACGUGAAUGUGACCAGCGGGAGCGACGGCGGGAUCUAUCUGGCGGUACCCGCGGGUGACAACGCCACGAACAACGUUAUUGGAUUCAGCAUUGACAACCCCAUGGACGACAAUGUCGAGUACGACUUCCGGUUGCAACAAUUCGAAGGCGGAGAAUCGCGCGUGGUGUCCAGCGUCCCACUCCAGGUCACGACCAUCGAGUACUCGUCUGACGAGCGGAUAAAGGAAAGCAUCGUUGACGUCGAUGUUGACGACGUUCUCCAGCGUUUUAUGGAAGUGGAGAUGGUGGAGUACGCCUACACGGAAGAGUGGCGCCAAGCUCGAAACUUGGGAGAAAACGCUCGCGUCCGAGGCGUGAUCGCUCAGCAGCUGGCCGAGGUCUUUCCGGAGCAUGUGGAGGUCAUACCCGAGUUCGAGCUGCCCGACAAGGACUUUGCGAUCAGCGAUUUCCUCCAGGUGGACAAGGUCUCGCUUACGCUUGAUCUCAUAUCCGCCAUACAGUCUCAGCACAAGCACUAUAGCUUUGGACCAAACACCGGCGACAAGAGUGGCGACAUCACAGUCGCCACCGAAGCUGGCGGAUCAUAUGCGAAUGCUGACCCUACCGGUGCCAGCGGUUCGGUUCUUAUCUCUACCGGUACGGCCUCAUUGGGUGACAGUGGAUCGAUCACCCUUGCCACCGGACCGUCAGAGUAUGGCGGCGAAGCCGGAAGCAUCCGCCUUCGUGUCGGAGAGGAGAACACAGGGUCUACCACGCUCAGCAUAUCACCUUUGGACAUGCAUCUAUCAGCUGGCGAUCAGACUGAGCCCAACAAAGCAGGAGGAACUAUUGAGAUAUCGGCGGGGAACGCUUUACCACCGGGGGGUGGUGACGUGUCAGGCACGGGCGGCUCGCUCAUACUCAGAGCGGGGAACAGCACAGGCACGGUAGGAGGCGGCGGAUCCAUCGAACUGUUGGCUGGCUCUUCCCAAGGAGGUGACGGUGGUGAUAUGGUUCUAUCCUCUGGGGCUGGAAGCACCUCACUGAGAGGGAGAGACAGUGGUCACGCCAUUUUAUCGACGGCCGACGCACAGAAUGACAGGGGUUCCAGCGGGGAAGUGCAAAUUGAAACUGGCUCCAGUUUUUCUGGGGACACGGGAGCAAUUCGCAUGAGUACUGGAAACGCCACGCUCGGAUCAGGCGGGGGGGUAUCCAUGGCGGUUGGCAAUAGCGCAAGCGGAGCCGGUGGCUCCGUCGAAUUUUUCGCUGGGAACACUACCGCUGAUGACGAACCCGGAGGAUCAAUUGUACUGUCGGCGGGAUCCGGCACGAGCAGAGAAGGUGGUGGUGGGGGGAAUGUUACUCUGACCGCCGGUGUAGGAUCUGGGGGAAUAGGCGGAUCUGUGUCAAUUCUAAGUGGAGAGGGUGUCGGUGCAACAAGUGGUGCAAUUGACAUUCGCUCGCUUGACGCUGGUGCUGCCGGUGUUAGCGGAUCGCUUGCGCUGCGCUCAGGUUCCUCGGGGUCGGGUAGCUCAGGAUCGAUUAGCAUUGGUUCCGGGCAGGCGGACGGGGGAAGUGGCGGCGCGGUGGAUAUUUCAGUUGGCAGCGGCAACAGUGGAUCGGGAGGAACGUUAUCGCUGCGCGCUGGUGAUACCUACUUGUUCACGGGUGGUGGUGUUUUACUAGAAGGCGGACGAAGCGAAUGGAGUAGUAGUGGAGAAAUCCUCAUCCAGACGGCCAACGCUGGGUUUGUCGGCACCAGCGGGUCUAUCUCACUCAAUACGGGAACUUCAAGCAGAGGAAACACGGGAGAAGUACUUUUGGCUACUGCUGAAGCACAAACUGGUCGAGGUGGAUCCAUUACUCUCGCGGUUGGAGCUGGUGCAAGCGGCGACGGUGGUAGCGUCAGAAUGCUCGCCGGCGGCAGUUCAGACUUGGAGCGAAGCGGAGGAUCCGUGGUGGUUGCCGCUGGCAAGGGCACGAACCCCAUAUCUGGCGAUGGUGGCGACGUUCUCGUCGAGGCGGGAGAGAGCGCUGCAUCCACAGGAGGGUCGGUUGCUAUCUAUAGCGGGUACGGACACGAGGCUUCAAGUGGAAACAUCUUGAUGUAUACAGCUAACGGCGGGCAAGAAGGUGUCAGUGGGAGCCUCACCUUCAUGUCUGGCGUUAGUACUGAGGGAAAUAGCGGAGCGAUUGUCAUUGAGUCGGGGACUGCUGAGGACGGGCGUGGAGGUGCGAUCCACGUGUUGGUUGGCAGCGGUGGUAGUGGGGUGGGUGGUGAGGUAGUCGUGCGGUCCGGAGAAAGCACGGUCGCCACUGGCGGGGACGUGAUGAUCGAAAGCGGGUACGGUACGGCAACGACGAGCGGUGAUAUCUACGUUCGAACAGUCAACGCCGGCCGCAAUGGCGGAAGCGGCAACCUAUACUUUACGACUGGAACAGCGAGCUCGGGCGGUGCGGGAGAUAUAGUCCUCGCGACCGGAGAUGGACCACAAGGCGGAAGCGUUUUAAUCGAACUCGGCGUGUCUGAAAGCGGUGAGGGUGGGGAUGUCGAAAUAUAUGCUGGUUCAAGCGCGAUUGCAACUGGAGGCGACCUGUUGCUUCAGUCGGGGUACUCUUCUGCCAGCACCAGUGGUGCCGUUUACAUCAAAUCAGCGAAUGCAGGAACAUCUGGCACAAGCGGGGUUUUGGCUUUCAACACCGGCACGACUAGCAACGGAGAUUCUGGUGCGAUCACGCUCACGACCGGGCUAGCCCUUAACGGGAAAGGAGGCAAUAUUGAGCUCGCUGUUGGUGCCGGAACGAGCGGAGCAGGAGGCGACGUUAUUCUGAGCGCAGGUGCUGCCGGAACCUUGACCGGUUUGACCGGAGGUUCAGUGUCGAUCACCUCUGGACUAAGUCAGUACUCUUCAAGCGGGUCAAUAUCGAUUCGAACAGUGAACGCGGGGAUCAGCGGGGUGAGCGGCAUCCUGGAGUUUAGCUCGGGCACCAGCAGUAACGGCAACAGCGGCGAGAUCCUAUUGGGGAGCGGGAUGAGCACAGGAGGGCGUGGCGGGAAGCUCAGCCUUGCAGUCGGGAGCGGUGACAGUGGAUCCGGCGGAUCGGUAGAAAUCUACGCAGGAAUAAGUACGGCAAUGACAGACGGGACAGGUGGGGAUAUCUCCAUAACCAGCGGCGCAGGGACAAGCGGCCUCGUGACGUUCAGCUCCGGCACGACGAGUGCAGGCAACAGCGGCGACAUAAUGAUUGGAUCUGGAUCCAGCACCUCCGGCAGAGGUGGGAUGAUAAGCUUGACCGUCGGUUCCGGUGACAGUGGAUCUGGCGGUCUGAUACAACUCCAUGCGGGAGAAAGUACGGUGCUUACGGGAGGGGCCAUCGACAUCGUUAGUGGGGAGGGAGCUGCAACAACGUCGGGAGCAGUAAUAAUUCGUACAUCAAACUCCGGUACUCUAGGGGCCAGCGGCUCCAUGACCUUCAGCUCCGGAACAACAACAGCAGGUGACAGCGGCGACAUCAUGAUUGGCACCGGCGCCGCUCUGGGGGGCACCGGAGGUGAUCUGACUCUGACGGUGGGCCGCGGAGACACCGGCGAGGGCGGUCAGGUCGAGAUGGCGGCCGGUGCGUCGACCACGGCCACCGGAGGAUCGGUGACCAUCACCAGCGGUGAGGGCACGGCGACCACCAGCGGUGCGAUCACCAUCCGAUCGCCCAACGCCGGCGCCGAGGGCGUGAGCGGCGCCAUUGUGUUGAGCUCGGGUACCACCAGCUCCGGCACCAGCGGUUCGGUGCUCAUCGGAAGCGGCGCGGCGGUGUCGGGAGCUGGCGGAGCGGUGAGUCUGACGGUGGGCACCAGCGCCUACACGACGGGCGGGACGCUCACGUUGGCGGCCGGCACGGGUGUGACGGGCGGUCCUGUGUCGAUGUCAGCCGGAACGGGCACCACGUCUACGGGCGGGUCGGUGAGCUUGGCGGCGGGCGCAGGGUCGACGGGCGGAUCGUUCACGGUGGUGGCCGGACAAGGCACCGGGACGACGGGCGGGGCGAUCACGGUGACGGCGGGUGCAGGAGGGACGGACGGCGGCGCGUUGAUCAUGGCAGCAGGAUACGGUGGUGACAGUGGUGGCCUCGUGGCUGUGUCUAGCGGGGCCGUGACGGACGGGAACAGCGGGACCGUCACCAUCGUCUCCGCCAACGCCGGUACAACCGGCCACAGCGGUGUCAUGGCCUUCAGCUCCGGAACAACCACGUCGGGAGACACCGGCGCCGUCAACAUCGGUAGCGGCGCCGCUCUGGGGGGCACCGGAGGUGAUCUGACUCUGACGGUGGGCAGCGGAGACAUCGGCGAGGGCGGUCUGGUGGAGAUGGCGGCCGGCGAGUCGACCACGGCCACCGGAGGAUCGGUGACCAUCACCAGCGGGGUGGGCACCGCCACCACCAGCGGUGCGAUCACCAUCCGAUCGCCCAACGCCGGCGCCGUGGGCGUGAGCGGCGCCAUUGUGUUGAGCUCGGGUACCACCAGCUCCGGCACCAGCGGUUCGGUGCUCAUCGGAAGCGGCGCGGCGGUGUCGGGAGCUGGCGGAGCGGUGAGUCUGACGGUGGGCACCAGCGCCUACACGACGGGCGGGACGCUCACGUUGGCGGCCGGCACGGGUGUGACGGGCGGUCCUGUGUCGAUGUCGGCCGGAACGGGCACCACGUCUACGGGCGGGUCGGUGAGUCUGGCGGCGGGCGCAGGGUCGACGGGCGGAUCGUUCACGGUGGUGGCCGGACAAGGCACCGGGACGACGGGCGGGGCGAUCACGGUGACGGCCGGUGAAGGAGGGACGGACGGCGGCGCGUUGAUCAUGGCAGCAGGAUACGGUGGUGACAGUGGUGGCCUCGUGGCUGUGUCUAGCGGGGCCGUGACGGACGGGAACAGCGGGACCGUCACCAUCGUCUCCGCCAACGCCGGUACAACGGGCCACAGCGGUGUCAUGACCUUCAGCUCCGGCACAACCACGUCGGGAGACACCGGCGCCGUCAUGAUCGGCAGCGGUGACGCCAUCGGCGGACAGGCCGGUCUGUUGAGUCUGACCGUGGGCGACACGAGCUCGGGGGAGGGCGGCGACGUGACCAUAUCCGCCGGUCAGUCGUCCGAGCUGUCUGGAGGGACCGUGACCAUCACGAGCGGGGUGGGCACCGCCACCACCAGCGGUGCGAUCACCAUCCGAUCGCCCAACGCCGGCGCCGUGGGCGUGAGCGGCGCCAUUGUGUUGAGCUCGGGUACCACCAGCUCCGGCACCAGCGGUUCGGUGCUCAUCGGAAGUGGCGCGGCGGUGUCGGGAGCUGGCGGAGCGGUGAGUCUGACGGUGGGCACCAGCGCCUACACGACGGGCGGGACGCUCACGUUGGCGGCCGGCACGGGUGUGACGGGCGGUCCUGUGUCGAUGUCGGCCGGAACGGGCACCACGUCUACGGGCGGGUCGGUGAGUCUGGCGGCGGGCGCAGGGUCGACGGGCGGAUCGUUCACGGUGGUGGCCGGACAAGGCACCGGGACGACGGGCGGGGCGAUCACGGUGACGGCCGGUGAAGGAGGGACGGACGGCGGCGCGUUGAUCAUGGCAGCAGGAUACGGUGGUGACAGUGGUGGCCUCGUGGCUGUGUCUAGCGGGGCCGUGACGGACGGGAACAGCGGGACCGUCACCAUCGUCUCCGCCAACGCCGGUACAACGGGCCACAGCGGUGUCAUGACCUUCAGCUCCGGCACAACCACGUCGGGAGACACCGGCGCCGUCAUGAUCGGCAGCGGUGACGCCAUCGGCGGACAGGCCGGUCUGUUGAGUCUGACCGUGGGCGACACGAGCUCGGGGGAGGGCGGCGACGUGACCAUAUCCGCCGGUCAGUCGUCCGAGCUGUCUGGGGGGGCCGUGACCAUCACCAGCGGGGUGGGCACCGCCACCACCAGCGGUGCGAUCACCAUCCGAUCGCCCAACGCCGGCGCCGUGGGCGUGAGCGGCGCCAUUGUGUUGAGCUCGGGUACCACCAGCUCCGGCACCAGCGGUUCGGUGCUCAUCGGAAGCGGCGCGGCGGUGUCGGGAGCUGGCGGAGCGGUGAGUCUGACGGUGGGCACCAGCGCCUACACGACGGGCGGGACGCUCACGUUGGCGGCCGGCACGGGUGUGACGGGCGGUCCUGUGUCGAUGUCGGCCGGAACGGGCACCACGUCUACGGGCGGGUCGGUGAGUCUGGCGGCGGGCGCAGGGUCGACGGGCGGAUCGUUCACGGUGGUGGCCGGACAAGGCACCGGGACGACGGGCGGGGCGAUCACGGUGACGGCCGGUGAAGGAGGGACGGACGGCGGCGCGUUGAUCAUGGCAGCAGGAUACGGUGGUGACAGUGGUGGCCUCGUGGCUGUGUCUAGCGGGGCCGUGACGGACGGGAACAGCGGGACCGUCACCAUCGUCUCCGCCAACGCCGGUACAACGGGCCACAGCGGUGUCAUGACCUUCAGCUCCGGCACAACCACGUCGGGAGACACCGGCGCCGUCAUGAUCGGCAGCGGUGACGCCAUCGGCGGACAGGCCGGUCUGUUGAGUCUGACCGUGGGCGACACGAGCUCGGGGGAGGGCGGCGACGUGACCAUAUCCGCAGGUCAGUCGUCCGAGCUGUCUGGUGGGACCGUGACCAUCACGAGCGGGGUGGGCACCGCCACCACCAGCGGUGCGAUCACCAUCCGAUCGCCCAACGCCGGCGCCGUGGGCGUGAGCGGCGCCAUUGUGUUGAGCUCGGGUACCACCAGCUCCGGCACCAGCGGUUCGGUGCUCAUCGGAAGCGGCGCGGCGGUGUCGGGAGCUGGCGGAGCGGUGAGUCUGACGGUGGGCACCAGCGCCUACACGACGGGCGGGACGCUCACGUUGGCGGCCGGCACGGGUGUGACGGGCGGUCCUGUGUCGAUGUCGGCCGGAACGGGCACCACGUCUACGGGCGGGUCGGUGAGUCUGGCGGCGGGCGCAGGGUCGACGGGCGGAUCGUUCACGGUGGUGGCCGGACAAGGCACCGGGACGACGGGCGGGGCGAUCACGGUGACGGCGGGUGCAGGAGGGACGGACGGCGGCGCGUUGAUCAUGGCAGCAGGAUACGGUGGUGACAGUGGUGGCCUCGUGGCUGUGUCUAGCGGGGCCGUGACGGACGGGAACAGCGGGACCGUCACCAUCGUCUCCGCCAACGCCGGUACAACGGGCCACAGCGGUGUCAUGACCUUCAGCUCCGGCACAACCGCGUCGGGAGACACCGGCGCCGUCAUGAUCGGCAGCGGUGACGCCAUCGGCGGACAGGCCGGUCUGUUGAGUCUGACCGUGGGCGACACGAGCUCGGGGGAGGGCGGCGACGUGACCAUAUCCGCCGGUCAGUCGUCCGAGCUGUCUGGGGGGGCCGUGACCAUCACCAGCGGGGUGGGCACCGCCACCACCAGCGGUGCGAUCACCAUCCGAUCGCCCAACGCCGGCGCCGUGGGCGUGAGCGGCGCCAUUGUGUUGAGCUCGGGUACCACCAGCUCCGGCACCAGCGGUUCGGUGCUCAUCGGAAGCGGCGCGGCGGUGUCGGGAGCUGGCGGAGCGGUGAGUCUGACGGUGGGCACCAGCGCCUACACGACGGGCGGGACGCUCACGUUGGCGGCCGGCACGGGUGUGACGGGCGGUCCUGUGUCGAUGUCGGCCGGAACGGGCACCACGUCUACGGGCGGGUCGGUGAGUCUGGCGGCGGGCGCAGGGUCGACGGGCGGAUCGGUCACGGUGGUGGCCGGACAAGGCACCGGGACGACGGGCGGGGCGAUCACGGUGACGGCGGGUGCAGGAGAGACGGUGGGUGGCGCCCUGAGCAUGGCGGCCGGGUGGGGUGACUCGGGAGUCGGGGGUGACCUGAGUGUAUCAGCUGGGACAAGCGCUCACGAUGUCGGUGGUGCGUUGACUAUGGUAGCUGGCACCGGAGCCACAGGAGGCGGCCUUGUGGCUGUGUCUAGCGGGGCCGUGACGAUCGGGAACAGCGGGACCGUCACCAUCGUCUCCGCCAACGCCGGUACAACGGGCCACAGCGGUGUCAUGACCUUCAGCUCCGGCACAACCACGUCGGGAGACACCGGCGCCGUCAACAUCGGUAGCGGCGCCGCUCUGGGGGGCACCGGAGGUGAUCUGACUCUGACGGUGGGCAGCGGAGACACCGGCGAGGGCGGUCUGGUGGAGAUGGCGGCCGGCGAGUCGACCACGGCCACCGGAGGAUCGGUGACCAUCACCAGCGGCGAGGGCACGGCGACCACCAGCGGUGCGAUCACCAUCCGAUCGCCCAACGCCGGCGCCGUGGGCGUGAGCGGCGCCAUUGUGUUGAGCUCGGGUACCACCAGCUCCGGCACCAGCGGCUCGGUGCUCAUCGGAAGCGGCGCGGCGUUGUCCGGAGCUGGCGGAGCGGUGAGUCUGACGGUGGGCACCAGCACCUACACCACGGGCGGGACGCUCACGUUGGCGGCCGGCACGGGUGUGACGGGCGGUCCUGUGUCGAUGUCGGCCGGAACGGGCACCACGUCUACGGGCGGGUCGGUGAGUCUGGCGGCGGGCGCAGGGUCGACGGGCGGAUCGUUCACGGUGGUGGCCGGACAAGGCACCGGGACGACGGGCGGGGCGAUCACGGUGACGGCGGGUGAAGGAGGGACGGACGGCGGCGCGUUGAUCAUGGCAGCAGGAUACGGUGGUGACAGUGGUGGCCUCGUGGCUGUGUCUAGCGGGGCCGUGACGGACGGGAACAGCGGGACCGUCACCAUCGUCUCCGCCAACGCCGGUACAACGGGCCACAGCGGUGUCAUGACCUUCAGCUCCGGAACAACCACGUCGGGAGACACCGGCGCCGUCAACAUUGGUAGCGGCGCCGCUCUGGGGGGCACCGGAGGUGAUCUGACUCUGAAAGUGGGUCGCGGAGACACCGGCGAGGGCGGUCUGGUGGAGAUGGCGGCCGGCGAGUCGACCACGGCCACCGGAGGAUCGGUGACCAUCACCAGCGGCGAGGGCACGGCCACCACCAGCGGUGCGAUCACCAUCCGAUCGCCCAACGCCGGCGCCGUGGGCGUGAGCGGCGCCAUUGUGUUGAGCUCGGGUACCACCAGCUCCGGCACCAGCGGUUCGGUGCUCAUCGGAAGCGGCGCGGCGACGUCGGGAGCUGGCGGAGCGGUGAGUCUGACGGUGGGCACCAGCGCCUACACCACGGGCGGGACGCUCACGUUGGCGGCCGGCACGGGUGUGACGGGCGGUCCUGUGUCGAUGUCGGCCGGAACGGGCACCACGUCUACGGGCGGGUCGGUGAGUCUGGCGGCGGGCGCAGGAUCGACGGGCGGAUCGGUCACGGUGGUGGCCGGACAAGGCACCGGGACGACGGGCGGGGCGAUCACGGUGACGGCGGGUGAAGGAGAGACGCUGGUACAAGCGCUCAUGCUGUCGGUGGUGCUUUGA